GGACCUGCUGGGUCAGCUCAGCCUCUAGUCCCUCAGAGGGUCGGCUCGGUUCAGCCUCUAGUCCCUCAGAGGGUCGGCUNGGUUCAGCCGGCGGCUGCUCGUCUAGACUCGGAGGACUUCCUGCUCUGAACUCGACAAACCGGUGCGACAGGAAAACUCCCCCACGAGUCGCUGAGCGGCUGUGAGUCAGAGCAGGUCGCUGAGAGACGACACGAGGACACGGCGGCGGCAGGCAGAACUGGGCGGUUCUGACGGACUUCCUGUGACUGGCUGAGGGGAGGCAGGUAAGAGUUAACCUGUUGGCUCCGCCCCCUCCCCCUCCUCCUCCGACCAGACCUGCUGCGACUCGCCUGCAGCAGAUUCCUCACUCGGUCUCGGCGUCAUGUUUGGAUCCAGACUCUUCCUCUGCAGGCUCGCGUUCCAGAACAAAAGGAUCCCGACGCCCGGUCCGGUCUGGAGGGUGUCCUGGUUCAGCAGCCAGCCGCCGUCCAAAGAUGUGUCGGUUCGCUACAGCCUCGGCCGACCCGUCCUCGCCCUUCGUCUUCCCUCCGGGUGUCAGGGCCGCUUCACCCUGACGCCCAUGCUGACCACGGUGGGAGACCUGCUGAGGAACAUCACGGCCAAAGACCCAGAAGUUCACACGGCCGCUCUGCUGAACGCCGACGGACAGAGGAUCUCCUCGUGCACCUUCAUGGAGACGGUCUUGAACAAAGACUUCCAGCUGGUCAUCAAUGAAACCACCCACAGCGUCCAGGCGCUCGGACAAGGCUCGUCCCAUGAACACGUUCUGGACGUGGAGGACAUGAAGUACCUGGUCCAGCUGCUGCACUCGGCCCUCAGGCUGCCUCAGCAGCUGCAUGAGCAGCAUUCAGAGCUGCUGCUGAGGCAAGAGCAGCUGAGACGGCAGCUGCAGCCGCUCGAGACCGUGAGAGUGAAGCUGGCGCAGGAGGCGGAGUCUAAAGCGGCCAUGCUGGGGUGGGCGGGGCUUGCCUACCUGUCGCUGCAGGGGGGAUUCCUGGGUUACCUCACCUGGUACGUGUUCGCCUGGGACAUCAUGGAGCCCGUCACCUUCUUCAUCUCCUGCACCACCAGCAUGAUCUUCUUCGCCUACUACAUCCUGACCAGACAGGACUUCAUCCUUACGAAGGUGAGCGAUCGUCACUUCCUCCACUACUUCUACCAGAAAGCUACGCGACACAACUUUGACGUUCAGAAAUACAACGAGCUCAAAGACGAUCUGGCAAAGGUGGACGCUGAUCUCCGGAGGCUCAGGAGCGCCAUCCAGCUGCAGCUGCCGGUGGAUCAGAUCCGGCCUGAGAGCGCCGCCUGAAGCUCCACUGCUGCCACAACAAGUCCAACUAAAAAACACUUCCAUCCCUUUUUACUUUCGGUAAAGACUAAAAAAACUAAUUCAUCACAUGUUCAACUUCCUAACCGCCUUACUUUGUCAACUCCAUCGUUUAGGUAUGAAAAAAGUGAACGUAACCUUCAUUCUGAAUUAGCUGUGUAGAACAUUUAUAUAAUGUGUUUAUUGUGUUCAUUCUGUUCAUGUUGGAGCUGGUCAGAAGUUGCAUCAUGAAUGCUGUGGAGUGAAAACUGUAAUAUUUACGUCUGAACUGAAGCGUUUAAAAGGAAUUGCUGUUACAAACUUUCACUUGACUAAAUUUAUUUGGGCUCCAACACUGUUUAUUCCUGAAAAACAUUAAAAAUCUGGAAAACAAAACUCUA